AAGGUCUCUCUGUAUGUAAGUCCAAAAAGGAGAAGCAGUUAUUUACUUUUUCACUUGGGAAUUCAAGAACAGAGCAGAGGUUAUGGAAGGAGGACCUGGUUAAGAAUUAAAAGUCAACAUCAGAGGAUUACUUUGCCAGCCCUAACUCGAGAAAUUAGUUGUUUUUGUCAACACACCGGUGGCAGAACUGAAGACGGGGACCUGUGGUUCAUCUUCAGACAGCCAGAGAUCUCUACGUGUUCUUAGUAUGUGUGUGAGUUAACAAUCGACAGCAACGAUGAGGUUUCUAAUCUUCAAACCCACCUCACACCCCCUGCUACUGUGUGUCAUCUUCAGUCUACUUUGGGUUGUAACAGAUGGCAACAUAUCAUCGGUAUCAAACGUAAGUAGAGUACGAAUAAAACGAGCGGAUAGUUCUUCUAAGACAGCAGCAACAACUACAACAACAGCAGCAACAACAACUACAACAGCAGCAACAACAACUACAACAGCAGCAACAACAACUACAACAACAGCAGCAACAACAACAACAACAACAGCAGCAACAACAACAACAACAGCAGCAACAACAACAAAAGCUCCUCCCACUAACCCUGAGGAUUUCAGAGUUGAUACACAAACUGAGAACAGCAUAAAUCUGAAAUGGCAAAAUGUUGAUGACAUUGACAAUUAUAUUCUGAACGUCAGUGGAAGCAACAUCAAUAACUCAACAACUUUACUAAAGAAUACUACAACACACAUGGUCUCAAAUCUAAUUUGUACUUCCGAGUACAUUUUCUUUCUCUUCACUGAGCGUGACAAUGUCAGAAGCAGUGGGGUAAACCAAACAGCAGUGACAGCUCCUUGCAACCCUAAAAAGUUCAAACCAACUGGACAAAACGAGUCCAGUAUAACUCUGAAGUGGGAACAGAUAGAUGGAAUUGAUUAUUACCUUCUUGAAAAAACCACUAAUUUGACCAAGGACUAUCUACAGUACACAGUUUCAGAUCUUACUAGUGCCACUAGUUACAAUUUCAGUCUCGUUGCUGUGUUUAGAAAUGUCAGCAGCAGUGGAGCAUUUACACCCGCAGUCACAGCUCCUCGUAACCCUGCAAACUUCAGCCUAACAGGACAAACUGAGUCCAGCAUAACUCUGGUGUGGGACAAAGUGGAUGAAGUUAACAACUACACUCUUGUCUACAAAGAAAAUGAAACCAGCAUAAGUCUAACCACAGAACUUGAAACAUACACAGUCUCAGAUUUGCAAAGUGCCUCAAAAUACAGUUUCUCUCUCUUUGCUGUGUUCGAUUAUGCUAAAAGCAGCGGGACAACCAUCACUGCAGUCACUGCUCCAGAGAACCCAGCAGAUUUCAGUUCAGUUGAACAAAAUGAGACCAGCAUAACUCUGGAGUGGACACAAGUGAAGGACAUCCAGGACUAUAAAAUUGUCUUUGGCCAAAAUACAACAAACAUUACUUUAACAACAAGCAAAAUGCAGCACACCAUCACAAAUCUAGAAAAAGGAACUACAUAUAAUUUCAGUAUCUUUGCUCUGUUUGAAAGCAUCAACAGCAGUGGAGCUGACACCACUGCAUCUACUGUUCCUCCUCAGGUCUCUUCAGUCAGUGUCACAGAGCGCUCUUUGACCACCGCCACUCUUAAGUGGGACAAUCCUAAUAAAUCCUGGGAAUACAAGGUUGAAACCAAUGGCACCGGUGUGACAAUCGAACCAGAUAUAUCAGCUACUGGAUUUUUCACCAUCUCAAAUCUCAAGCCUGGAACUCUGUAUUCAUAUCAUGUGACCACGGUGUUCUCUGGACUCAACAGCAAGGCUUAUAAUGAUUUUCUAGUAACACAGAUCGAAUGUGACAAAAUAAUCUGGGUUGUGACUAGCUCUUCAAUCCAAGGAACAGUUGAAGGUGUGUUCACCUAUGCAACUGUCUCUAAUUCAUCUAACACAUCUCAGCACCAUUCCACUCCAGGAAGCAGAAAUGUGUCGUUUACUGACCUUUAUCCUGGGGCAACCUAUGAGAUAUCUCUUGUGUACGAAACUUCUUCCACAAAUUUCACUCAAUGUGAAAGUCAUCCCAACGUGACCACUUCUCCUCCUUCGCUGCGGGGUCGCUGUGAAAAUGUGGCUUCUGGUUAUUCUGCUCUGAUUGUCUGGGAUAAAGCAGAAGGUGUGUUGACAAAGAUCUUGGUUCAUAUGAACGGCAAAAACCACACAGUAGAUGGGAAGGAGGACCGGUUUACCAUCCCUGGACUUCAACCAGCUAAAACAUAUCCAGUGGCAUUAAUUUCCAUGUCUGGAAACAGGAUUUCUGGGCCAUUUGAUUUUAUCUGUGCUACUGAUAACAGGGGAGUCAUUGCUGGGUCAGUGGUUGGUGUCUUGCUGUUUGCUGUUCUAGUCUGUGUGGCUGCAUUCAUUUUACUCAAAAGGUCUGAUGUUUUCCGUGGAAAAAAGUCACUUAUUGCUGGAUCCAAAAAAACUGGUCCAAAAAAAACAACUAUAUCAGUAGCUACAUUUCCAGAGCACUUCAUGCUUUUGAGUGCAGAUGAAAACAGAGGCUUCAGUGAAGAAUAUGAGAACCUCGAGCCUGUAGGGAAAGACCAGACACAUAAAGCAGCUUCGCUACCAGAAAACAAGAGCAAGAAUCGCUUCACCAACAUUCUGCCUUAUGACUGGAGUCGGGUGAAACUGAUCACACCAAGCCCCAGCGAUACCUUAGACUACAUAAAUGCUAAUUACAUGCCGGGCUACAACAGGAACAGAGAAUAUAUUGCCAGUCAAGGUCCUCUGAUGGCCACAGUCCCGGAUUUCUGGAGGAUGGUUUGGGAACAAAGAGUUAAAGGUAUCGUCAUGGUAACCAACUGUGUGGAAUCAGGACGGACCAAGUGUGACUGUUACUGGCCUGAAGACCAGAAGCCAUGCCUUCAUGGAGAUUUGUUGGUCACAAUGUCAUCUGAGCAAAAGGAGCCCAAUUGGACAUUGAGGAAUUUUAGAGUAAAAAAUAGAAACAACUCGGAGGAACGCACAGUGAAACACUUCCACUUCACUGCCUGGCCUGACCACGGAGUUCCUCAGGGCACCCAAGUCCUGAUCCAGUUCAGAGGACUUAUCAGACAGUACAUUGAGAGUGAAGGGAUUACUUCUCCUACUGUGGUUCACUGCAGUGCUGGAGUUGGGAGGACGGGGACUCUCAUCGCGCUGGAUGUCCUGCUUCAGCAGCUGGAGAAAGAACGAGCGGUGGGCAUCAAUGACUUUGUCCACAGGAUGAGACAGCACCGGUCCCACAUGGUGCAGACUGAGUCCCAGUACAUUUUCCUGCACCAGUGCAUCAUGGACUGCCUGAAACAAAAGGAGAAGAAAGAAGAAAGCGAUUAUGAGAACUCAGACCUGAUUUAUGCCAACGCCACCGCCCUCCGAGAGUUUCACAACCACAACACCGGCGCCUGAAUGAGCCUCGCUCUGCACUCUUUUUGCACUUAAAAACUAAUUAUGUUAUAGAUUAUAUUUACAUGGUUUCCACAUAUGUGAAUAAUCUUGACAAUGUUGUGCUUCUCUGAUAAAUUUCUGAUAUAAAUAUAAGGAAAUACACCCCAGAUAACCAGAGAAUGUUUUAAAUUUUAUUAGCAACAUGGAAGUGUAGAAAUAAACUAAUUUGUACAGGAAUAUUUUAUAUUUAAAACUUGUUUUUGUAAAUAAAAUUCUAAAAUGCAGUAAA